CGGUGCGGUUUAAAUCUAAAAGCAUUCUUCUUGCAAAUAUUGCGGCCGUUCGCUAUAAUUAAUGCUCAAUCAUGCCAAAAAUUGAUGCCGAAACACAGAAACUCUACGACGAAAUCAAUGGCAUGAUUCAGAAGUUUAAGGAUGACCAAAAAGCGAAAGCGGAUUGCACGCUGGCCGACAAAUGCGGCGACAUGGGCGAUGUGCCCAAGAUUCGCUUCUCCUCGAAGAAGAUCCUCAAGGGGCACAUCAACAAGGUGAAUUCGGUGCAUUUUGCCGGUGACUCGCGUCACUGCGUCACGGGAUCCCUGGAUGGCAAACUGAUCAUCUGGGACACCUGGACCGCCAACAAGGUGCAGAUCAUCCCCUUGAGAUCCGCAUGGGUGAUGACGGUGGCCUUCUCGCCGUCGGGCAACUUUGUGGCCUGCGGAGGAAUGGACAACCAGUGCACCGUCUACGAUGUGAACAACCGAGACGCCUCCGGAGUGGCCAAGAUGGUCAAGGAGCUGAUGGGCUACGAGGGAUUCCUCAGCUCCUGUCGUUUCCUGGACGAUGGUCAUUUGAUCACCGGCUCGGGCGAUAUGAAAAUCUGCCAUUGGGAUCUGGAGAAGGGCGUCAAGACAAUGGAUUUCAAUGGACAUGCUGGAGAUAUCGCUGGCUUAUCGUUAUCCCCCGAUAUGAAGACUUAUAUCACCGGCUCUGUGGAUAAAACUGCCAAGUUGUGGGACGUACGUGAACAGGGUCACAAGCAGAUGUUCUUUGGCCAUGACAUGGAUGUGGCCUCCGUCUGCUACCAUCCCAGUGGCAAUGGGUUCGCCUCCUGUUCGGAGGAUCAGACGGCGCGCAUGUACGACCUGCGGUCGGACCAGCAAAUCGGGCAGUAUGAGCCGCCCCAGAAGAACACGGGCUUCACUUCGUGCGCUCUAUCGACCAGCGGGCGCUACCUCAUGUGCGGCGGCAUUGAGGGCAACGUGCACUCGUGGGACACAAUAAAGCAGCGGCACACGGGCACACUGUCUGGUCACGAGAACCGCGUCACUUGCAUCAGCCUGUGCCCCAAUGGCAUGUGUCUGUCCUCCACCAGUUGGGAUCAGCAGGUGCGUCUGUGGCUCUAAUCGACUCUGAUCUUGGUUCAAUAUCGUCCAAAACUAAAGGCAACGUUUACACGUGCGAUUUAUUUGCAAAUACAAAAUGGGCAGUUUUCAUAAUGUGCAUACAAGACUUUUCCGAUUUUCACUUUACCAAGAAUUGACAACUUGAAUUUAAAUGAAAUUGAAUUAUACAAAUUUAGCUAAUUAUUAUUGAUUUGCAGUUGAAUUUUGAAGGUGAAAUCAAGAAAGCAUUGUAGGACACUAAAACCAUUGCUUAAUAGUAAUAUUUGCAAAUUAAGAAAAGUAUGCAAUUAUAAAAUUUGCAUUUGCAAGUAAAGUGGGCGUCUAAUUAUAAUAAUUAAUUACCUAAUUAACUAACGGGAAUGUAGCCUCAAGUAAUUAGCAAGUGCAAAUUAAAUGCGCCAUAAUAAAAUGUAUGAAGUAGUACCACCAAA